AGAGGAGUCCGGAGACAGAAAUAGACAGAAAGCGAAGACUGAAUCCUGACCCACCGACUCUGCAGAAGCACUUGGGGAGCUGCUGGAGGCUGGAGCCUGGGGACACAACUCGGAGAAUGGAAGAUGAGGCUGUGCUGGAUAGAGGAGCCUCCUUCAUCAAGCAUGUCUGUGAUGAAGAGGAAGUAGAGGGCCAUCACACUGUUUAUAUUGGGGUUCAUGUUCCAAAGAGUUACCGAAGAAGGAGACGUCACCGGAGGCGAGCAGGGACAAAGGAAAAGAACAAGGAGCGGGAAAAGACAGCUGAGGCCUCUGAUCGUUCAGAUACCGAGAACAACGACGACCAGACGAAUGGGAGUCUCUUUAAACCACUCAUUUCACCAGCGGCUGAGAGGAUUCGCUUCAUCCUUGGUGAAGAUGAUGAGAGUCCCGCUCCUCAGCUCUUCACGGAACUGGAUGAACUUUUGGCCGUUGACGGGCAGGAGAUGGAAUGGAAGGAGACUGCUAGGUGGAUCAAAUUUGAAGAGAAGGUUGAAGAGGGUGGGGAGCGAUGGAGCAAGCCUCAUGUGGCCACACUCUCCUUGCACAGUUUAUUUGAACUUCGGACCUGUAUAGAGAAGGGAUUAGUCCUGUUGGAUUUGGAAGCCUCUACCCUCCCUCAGAUCACUGAGCUAAUCAUCGACAACCAAGUUGCACAUGGACUGUUGAAACCAGAGCUGAAGGAGAAAGUGACCUAUGCUCUCUUACGCAAGCAUCGGCAUCAGACCAAGAAAUCUAACCUCCGCUCACUGGCUGAAAUCGGAAAGACAGUGUCCAGUGCAAGUAGGCUGUUUUCCGCCUCAGAUAAUGGCAGCCCAGGAUUAUCCCACCGCAAUCUGACUACAGGAAGCAUGAACGAUAUCUCAGACAAACCGGACAAGGACCAGCUCAAGAACAAAUUCAUGAAGAAGCUGCCACGUGAUGCUGAGGCCUCCAAUGUGCUGGUGGGUGAAGUGGACUUUCUGGACGCUCCAUUUAUUGCUUUUGUGCGUCUGCAGCAAGCUGUGAUGUUGGGGGCUCUGACUGAGGUUCCUGUCCCGACCAGAUUCCUGUUCGUUCUGCUUGGGCCCAAAGGGAAGGCAAAAUCAUACCAUGAAAUUGGAAGAGCGAUUGCCACCCUCAUGUCUGAUGAGCUGUUUCAUGACAUCGCCUACAAGGCCAAGGAUAAUGUAGACCUCUUAGCUGGAAUUGAUGAGUUUCUGGAUGAGGUGAUCGUCCUUCCUCCUGGUGAGUGGGAUCCUGAGAUCAGAAUAGAGCCUCCAAAGUCACUUCCUUCUUCAGACAAAAGGAAGAACAUGUUUUCAGGAGGAGAAAGUAUCCAGAUGAAUGGAGACAUGCCUCAUGAUAGUGGACAUGGAGGUGGGGGCAAUGAAAUCCCAGAUGAACUGAAGAAAACUGGAAAGUUGUUUGGUGGUUUUGUGGCUGACAUCAAGAGGAAAAUCCCGUGGUUUGCCAGCGACUUUUACGAUGCUCUGAGCAUCCAGUCACUUUCUGCUGUUUUGUUCAUCUACCUGGGGACUGUGACUAACGCUAUCACCUUCGGAGGCCUCCUUGGAGAUGCUACUGAUAACAUGCAGGGUGUGCUGGAGAGUUUCCUGGGCACAGCGAUUACUGGAGCCGUCUUCUGCCUUUUUGCUGGGCAACCACUCACCAUCCUGAGCAGCACCGGGCCUGUACUAGUCUUUGAGCGUCUCCUCUUCAGCUUUAGCAAGGACAAUGCUUUUGACUACCUCGAGUUUCGUCUCUGGAUUGGUUUGUGGUCGUCCUUCCUCUGUCUCAUUCUCGUUGCCACGGAUGCCAGUUUUCUGGUCCGCUACUUCACUCGCUUCACCGAGGAAGGGUUCUCAUCGUUGAUCAGCUUCAUCUUCAUCUACGAUGCCUUCAAGAAGAUGAUCAAGCUGUCUCACCACUACCCCAUUAACACAGACUUCAGAAUGGACUACGUCACUCUGUUCAGUUGUGCUUGUCUCCCACCUGACAAAGGUGCUAAUUCAAGUCUCCAUUGGAAUGACACUGACUCAGUGGAUUCAACAGUCCUCUGGCUGGGCAAUAGCAGUACUCCAAUGAACACAAGUAUUGACUGGUCUUCACUGUCAAAGGAGGAUUGCUUGAAAUAUGGAGGCAACGUGGUCGGUGCAAGUUGUGAUUUUGUCCCCGAUGUCACCUUGAUGUCGUUUAUCCUUUUCCUCGGUACUUACACCUGCUCAAUGGCUCUGAAGAAUUUCAAAACCAGCCCAUUCUUCCCAACUACAAUCCGGAAGCUGAUAAGUGACUUUGCCAUCAUCCUAGCCAUCCUGAUCUUCUGUGGACUUGACGCUCUGGUUGGAGUAGAUACACCAAAACUUAUUGUGCCAAGCGAGUUCAAGCCGACCAGUCCGCACAGAGGCUGGAUUGUGCCGCCGUUUGGGGGUAACCCUUGGUGGGUGUGUCUGGCCGCUGGACUCCCUGCCCUGCUCAUCACCAUCCUAAUCUUCAUGGAUCAGCAAGUCACCGCAGUGAUUGUCAACAGGAAGGAGCACAAGUUAAAGAAGGGGGCUGGCUAUCACCUCGAUCUGUUCUGGGUGGCCAUCCUACUGGCCCUUUGCUCAUUUAUGGGAUUGCCCUGGUACGUGGCUGCCACUGUGAUCUCCAUCGCACACAUCGACAGCUUGAAGAUGGAGACAGAAACAUCAGCUCCUGGAGAGCUACCCAAGUUUCUGGGAGUCAGGGAACAGCGAGUAACCGGGAUUAUUGUCUUCAUUCUAACUGGUGUAUCUGUCUUCAUAGCACCCAUACUAAAGUAUAUCCCAAUGCCAGUACUUUAUGGAGUUUUCCUGUAUAUGGGGGUCGCUUCUCUGAAAGGCGUACAGUUCAUGGACCGAUUGAAGUUGCUGCUGAUGCCACCCAAACACCAACCAGACUUCAUCUACCUGCGUCAUGUCCCUCUGAGGAGAGUUCACCUCUUCACCUUCAUCCAGGUGAUCUGUCUGGCCAUGCUCUGGAUCCUGAAAUCAACUGUGGCAGCCAUCAUUUUCCCAGUCAUGAUCCUAGCUCUCGUUGCCGUUCGAAAGGCGAUGGACUACAUCUUCUCCCAGCACAACCUCAGUUUUCUGGAUGAUGUAAUUCCAGAAAAGGACAAGAAAAAGAAGGAGGACGACAAAAAGAAGAAGAAGAAGCUCAGUGCGGAGAGUGAUAACGAAGACGAGAAAAGCCCCCAAUGUUCCUUGAACGACAUACUUCAUGCUGAUCCGAUUCCUUUCUUACAGCCAAUCACUAUGCCAAGCCCUCCGACCACUCCAGUGAGAAACGUGCCUCAAAUAAGAAUAGAACUUGAGCCUGACUGUGAGACAGGCUACACGUGGAGGAGCAGAGGAACUGAAACAGCACUAUAACUCCCUGUUCCCAGCGUACACUGGACAGGCUCGCACUGCCAACGCUUUGAGGUGAACCUCCAGCCUCUUGGCAGCCACAAGUGAUGGAAUGGCGGCCGGAUUACACCCUGGGGAGGGAUGAGGCACCGUUUUUGUUUCUCUCCGUUCUCUUUCCACCUCUUUAAGAAAUCUUCUCCCCGGACUAACUUCCUGCUCA